CGGUGGCAGCUGGGUGUCGCCUGACCGGAUGAUGACAGAAGUUUACAGUUAAAUGUGUGUACUUUUAUCAUGCAAUCAUCCAGCUCUGUCUGCAGCUGGGAAUUUUCACUCUAACCGUCCUUGUGUUUUCAUUGAAUAAACUCACAGAAGCUUUGACAGACUGCGGUGCCGUCUGGGAACUUUUGUUUGGCUGGAAGAGCGACCCUUUGGCUCUUAUUUGACCGGGGAGCAGAGCAGGAUAGAGCCCGCUGGGCUGACCGAGGUGCCGCUAUGGGAAACCGGGGGAUGGAAGACCUAAUUCCCCUCAUCAACAAGCUCCAGGACGCCUUCAGCUCCAUCGGCCAGUCCUGCAACUUGGAUCUGCCGCAGAUAGCUGUCGUCGGCGGCCAAAGCGCAGGGAAGAGCUCCGUGUUGGAAAAUUUCGUCGGAAGGGACUUCUUACCCAGAGGAUCUGGCAUCGUCACCCGUCGUCCGCUCAUCCUCCAGCUGGUUAACUCUAAAGUGGAGUAUGCAGAGUUCCUGCACUGUAAGGGCCGUAAGUUUGUGGACUUUGAUGAGGUCCGUCUGGAGAUUGAAGCGGAGACUGAAAGGGUCACCGGAUCCAACAAGGGCAUCUCCACCGUCCCCAUCAACCUCCGUGUCUACUCCCCUAAUGUGCUGAACCUGACCCUGAUCGAUCUGCCGGGGAUGACCAAGGUUGCCGUGGGAGACCAGCCUGUGGACAUCGAGCACCAGAUCAUGGAAAUGUUGAUGCAGUUCAUCACCAAGGACAGCUGUCUGAUCCUGGCUGUCACACCGGCCAACACUGACCUGGCCAACUCCGACGCCCUCAAGAUUUCCAAGGAGGUGGACCCUCAGGGUCUACGGACCAUCGGUGUGAUCACCAAGCUGGACCUGAUGGAUGAAGGGACGGACGCACGAGACAUCCUGGAAAACAAACUACUGCCGCUCCGCAGAGGUUACAUCGGGGUGGUGAACCGCAGUCAGAAGGACAUUGAUGGAAAGAAAGACAUCCGCGCUGCUUUGGCUGCUGAGAGGAAGUUCUUCCUGUCCCACCCGGGGUACAGACACAUUGCAGAACGCAUGGGCACACCACACCUGCAGAAGACCCUCAAUCAGCAACUGACCAACCACAUCCGUGAUACGUUGCCAGGGUUACGCAGUAAGCUGCAAAGCCAGGUGCUAUCGCUGGAGAAAGAAGUGGAGGAGUACAAGAACUUCCGCCCCGACGACCCAACGCGCAAGACCAAGGCUUUGCUCCAAAUGGUACAGCAGUUUGGUGUGGACUUUGAGAAGUGCAUCGAGGGCUCUGGUGAUCAGGUGGACACCUCCAACCUGUCAGGUGGAGCAAAGAUCAACCGCAUCUUCCACGAGCGAUUUCCCUUCGAGCUUGUGAAGAUGGAGUUUGAUGAGAAGGAGCUGAGGAGAGAGAUCAGUUACGCCAUCAAGAACAUCCACGGAGUCAGGACAGGCCUAUUCACCCCAGACUUGGCGUUUGAGGCCAUAGUGAAAAAGCAGAUCAUUAAGCUGAAAGAGCCCUGUCUGAAAUGCAUCGACCUGGUCAUCCAGGAGCUCAUCAACACAGUCAGACAAUGCACUAAUAAGCUGGGAUCGUACCCUCGACUGAGAGAAGAGACGGAGAGAAUCGUCACCACCUACGUCAGAGAGAGAGACAGCAAGACCAAAGACCAGGUGCUGCUGUUGAUCGACAUUGAGCUCUCCUACAUCAACACUAAUCAUGAGGACUUCAUUGGAUUUGCCAAUGCCCAGCAAAGGACGGCUGCUAACAUCACCAAGAAGAGAGUCAUGCCCAAUCAGGUGAUCCGCAGAGGCUGGCUCACCAUCAACAUCAGCAUCAUGAAGGGAGGAUCCAAGGACUACUGGUUUGUCCUGACAGCUGAGUCUCUCUCCUGGUACAAAGAUGAGGAGGAAAAAGAGAAAAAGUACAUGCUGCCUCUGGACAACCUGAAGCUGAGAGAUGUGGAGAAGGGCUUCAUGUCCAGCAAACAAGUCUUCGCCAUCUUUAGCACUGAACAGAGGAAUGUGUACAAAGACCUGCGUCAGAUUGAGCUGGCGUGUGACGCUCAGGAGGACGUGGACAGCUGGAAGGCCUCGUUCCUCAGAGCUGGUGUUUACCCAGAGAAAGAUCAGCCUGCGAGUGAAGAUGUGAUGAAUCCGAGCGACACCGUGUCCAUGGACCCACAGCUGGAGCGGCAAGUGGAGACCAUCCGCAACCUGGUGGACUCGUACAUCGGCAUCGUUAACAAGUCCAUCAGAGACCUUAUGCCCAAGACCAUCAUGCACCUCAUGAUCAACAGUGCGAAGGACUUCAUCCACUCCGAGCUGCUGGCCUACCUGUACUCGGCCGGGGACCAGGGCAGUAUGAUGGAGGAGUCCCCGGAGCAGGCCCAGAGGAGAGACGAGAUGCUGAGGAUGUACCACGCUCUGAAAGAGGCCCUCGUCCUCAUAGGAGACAUCAGCACCACCACCAUUUCUGUCCCAGUGCCUCCACCUGUAGACGACAAAUGGAUUGCCAAGGACCCGAGUCCUCCACCUGCGUCCCGCCCUGCCGCAGCAACAGCGCCCCCUCCCAGCAGACCUCCUGCAGUGAGGGGCCCCACCCCAGGCCCUCCGCCCCCUCUCAACCCCUCCCCAGCAUUCGGGGGACCGCCCGUGCCGACUCGCCCACCGGGACAAACGGCCUACGCCGGGGAUCCAAACUCUGGAUCUGUGCCUCUAGUUCCUUCCAGGCCGGCCCGCGUGCCUCCCGCACUGCCGCCAGGGAUUCCCAGGCGACCUCCACAAGUCCCCUCUCGUCCAAACCACUGGUGAAGGAUCUCAGAUGUUCUGCACACAGCGUCUGACUUUAUAACCUCAUAUGUCCACAUUCUGGAACUGGAUAUAUAGUUUUUGUAAAUAUUUGUAAGGAUUGAAAUGAUGCAGAAUUAUUUGUGUUGAGCUCGCCUCAGCUCACAACAUAGCGUAUAACCUCUGAACAGACAGGCGUGUUAUGAAGCUGGCACUUACAGUAGCGUUUAUUAUGUAUGUUUCCUCCCAGUAAGUGCUGUUGAAAUACUUGAUAUGUCUCUGACUUGAUCAAUUGGAGGGUGGAUAUGUCAACUUGGAAAAGGAAGAAAAAUCUGUUCGACAAAUUCAAGAAACAAACCUGGCAUAAAUCCACAAAAUAUAUUCCAACAAGGUUAUUUACACUCCUGCUACAUCUUUUGUUCUCAUAUGGCCAGAUACUGUAUAAUUAAAAUGUGUUCAUGCACACUAUGAUCUAUAAAUAUGUCUCCGCCACAUUUGUCACUGUGAUAAAAGUAGAAAAGCUUUAAUGAAGUAACUUUGGGAAUGUCAUCAUUUUCACCCAUCCAGUGUUGCUUCGGAUAUUACUCACUGACAAAUGCAGUUAAUUAACCUUAUACCAACUUUAACUUAAUGUCAGGGGUGUUUUUGUUUAAAGUUUAAAGGUCAGACGUUAGGGGGAGUUACAUCAGCAGAAAAUAAGUGCUUCUUUGCCGUUUUGGUCUCAAGUGGCUCAAAGGGAAAACACUACAAACGACAAGCAGUGAUGUUUAAUAGACUAUUUUGUAUCAAAUAUCCCAAAUGACCAGUAAAUAUGGUGCUGUAUGCUGUCAUUAGAUCAUGAUGUGAGCACUAAGGUCUCAUGAUUUACCUUCACAAUAUGCAAUUCCUAACAGAACACAUUUAAAAAAUAUUACUCUGUUACUAUUUUAUUUAUUUAUCAAAGACAACUCACAACAAACCAUGUAUUUCCUGUGUAAAAAAUGCAUUUAUUGAUAUCAAUAAUCCCCAUGUAAACCUGAAUUUGACUUAUUCUAUUGAAAUGUGUAUUAAAAGCUUAUUCUUAUAAAAAAAAAAAAACAGCGGCUGUCUGAGCA